UUUUUACUUUUUGCAUAAACUCUCUUCGUAUAAUUAAUUAGCAUCACGCUUCGGCUCCCCCGUUACUGCGCCUUACCGCGUUAUUUCGUUGUAUACUAAUAUCUCUGGAACGGUAUAGGUCUGCUUCUGCACCGCUUUCCUUCUCGCCAAUCAUGCAUAUUGCGAUCCUUAUCUACUCGAAAAAUGAAGACGACACUGUCAAGUUCGUGAGCACCAACAGGCCACUGUUUUUGAGCACCAAGGUCACGGUGAACCGUACAGAAAAAAAUAGAAUUGAAGGCGUGCUGGAGAAGAAAAACAUAACCUAUUUGGAGAAACUGGAAGAGGCGGCCAAUUCUGAUUUUUGCUCGAAGCUCAUACGUGGUGAACUGAAAGCUAUUCUUUACUUUAGGCCGGCGGACGCGAAGCUUCUUCUAGAAAUUGUGACUGCUUGCACUAAGAAAAGAAUUUACAUGGCCCUCAAUACUGAGACGGCUGACUGUGUUAUACAGAGGAUUGCGUCAGAGCAGGGACUCGACAUUCCGAGUUCCACCCUGAGAAAGGAUUUUUUGGGCUACAAGGCGAUAAAGAAUGUGUCUGCAGUCCCUGUGGCAGAGCAAUAUCACAAGGUGGUUGGGCCCCUAUCUAUUCUUCAGCCCAAGCCUUUGACUCCUACCCAGGAGCGUCGAAGGGAAUGGUCACAGCAGCAGCUGUUGUUUUGGCUCGAGAGCAAUGAAUUGGAGAAGCUGAAGCCAGUGUUUUUGGAUACUACGCCCAAUCAGGACGAGCAGUCGCAGAUUUGGACGCGCCACGAAAUGAAUAACUUCUUGCAAGUGAAAUGCGGAUUUGUUCCUCAGUUGGUCAAUUUGCUGACGUUGGGUAAAAACUCCUCUCUCAUCGAGGUUUUUGACCAUGGCGAGUAUGUGAGGACGUGGUUUAUGUGCUUUCAUUCUUUCACGACGCCGAGGGACUUCAUGUUUUACUUGAAGAGUCGAUUCAUUUCGAUUUGGGAGGAGGCGGAUGAGGAGGAGGCGUUGGACACGUCUGAGUCGGUUUCUCAGAUUCUGGCUAUAUGGGCUGCGAUCGAAGAAGCCGCGGACUUUGCGAACGACCAGGAGCUGUACAAGUCGUGCGUAAAAUUUGUCGAAGGCUAUUUUAGGCCCAAGCUUCCGGAGGUGAAUUGCACAUCGAUCAUCACGGUCCUGGAAAAGAACGUGGAGUCGUAUAAACUUGGCCAGAUGAAGCCGCCGUUUGUCAUACCGGCGUCGAAAAGCAUGUCCGUCGUGAGAAUGGAUGAGAUGUCUCAAGUUAUUUAUCAGUUUGGCCCUGUUGACAUUGCGAGGCAGAUGACGGUAAUGGAGAGUGGACUAUACGUGCAUCUGAGAGCAAAAGAGUUUCAAAAGACGGCGUGGGCGAAGAAGAACGCGAAUGAGCUGGCACCUCAUUUGUCCAAGUUGAUUGAAUUGAGCAAUCAUCUUAGCGCUUGGGUCGUGACGGAGAUUUUGAGGCAGCCCGCGUCAGAGCAGGCGAUGGAGUUGAUUACUAAGUUUAUUAAGGUUGGGAAGGUCCUGCUGUCCAUCAACAAUUUCUCAGGCGUCAUGACGAUCGUUACUGGCCUGGCGAACCCCGCGAUUACGAGACUGAAGAAGGCCUGGUCUCUUGUACAGGCCAAGUACAAGGAGUCUUUUGAACAGAUGUCGGAGUUGGUGUCACCGCUGGGACACUACAAGAAGUACAGAGAUGCCUUUCAGAAUCGCCCCGUGAACCAGCCGACUUUGCCGAUCUUGGCCGCGACGUUGUCAGACUUGAACGGAUACGAGGAGGUGUUUAGUUCGACGACUAAAGAUGGCGCGGUGAACUGGGCCAAGAUGAUCAAGAUCGGAGACUCGAUUUGGAAGGUGGUUUCUGUGAACACUCAGUUCGCGUAUCGCCCCACGCCUGCGAUUCAAUCAUAUAUUCUUGAUUGCGCGGUGUGGAAGGACAACUUGACGACGUGUGCGAUUGCCGACUUGCGCACGAGAGUGUCUCGUCCGCAGGAUCUCAAGACGAGGUCGAAGCGUACCUCGAAGCGCCGUUCCUCGUUCAUUACCGCGGCGGAUUACGAAGACAAUCGAAACGAGCUGUCUGAAAAGGACUGGCGCAUGCUGUUGGUGGGCGCGAAGCCGCCCGAGAGCUAUACCAAAAAUCAGGUGAUAUUGGAAGCUGGCAGUGUGAACGACAAGCUAUUCCGCAUCAAGCGAGGAGUGGUUCGAGUGGUUAAGGACAUCGACGGAACGCCGACGAACAUUGCAACGAUGGGGGAGAACGCGAUGUUCGGAGAGAUGAGUAUGCUGUUGCGGUCUCAGAAGGAGGGCACGGUGACGGCUUCAAUCAUUGCCGACACGGAUGUUGAGCUUUGGGCACUGAACAUCGAUUUUGUGUUUGAAUUGUGUAAGACUCAACCGCUUUUAGCAGAGAAACUUAACCGUAUUUUGGCGAUCGGCCUUGCUCGCCGUUUGCGCGAUCUGGGAAAGGGCGGCGGCCAACUCGGUCACCGACUGGAGCACAGGGCCAAGUCCGAGAAGACUCUGGCCAAGGUGGAGAACGGGUCUGCCGCCGACGCGGAAAUCGAAGAUGCGAAUCGACGGUACAACAAGCGAUUUGGUUUGUCCAACGAAACCAUUUACCGUCAGUUCGAGUGCUCUUUCAAAUCUUCUCGAACCGUUCAUGGAAUCAUGUAUAUUUCGAGCAACUACAUCAGUUUCGACGGAACCGUGUUUGGCUUCAGGAUGCGCGAGGCGAUUCCUCUGACUAGUAUUGUGGAUAUUCGAAAGAAGAAGAAGUACAUAAGCAUGUCGUACAUGUCUGAAGAGGGCACAGUUGAACUGAUAUUUGGUCACUUCGAAGCGCGCGACGAGGCGUUGACGUUCAUUUCUACGAUUUGGAAUCACGCUCGCUCUCAAUCGAGCGCCGGUCCGGCCGUACACAAGGCGGCCAAACCAUCGGUACAGGCAGAGCAAACGACAGAUACGGUCAAGACUAGCUGGCUCCCGUCCGCUGACGACUGGGACAUUAUUUUGAAGGGCGCUCGAAUCGCCACUCUCAAGAAAGACGAUACGGUCCUCUCCGAAGGCGAACAAAGUAAUCGCCUGUUUCAGCUUUUGCGCGGUGGGUGUCGGUUUGAGAAGAACAUCAACGGUCAAUGCGUCGUUUUAGGACGUAUGGACAAGGAGGAAACCGCUCUGAUGUUCGGUGAAAUUUCGUAUCUAGAGGGAGGGAAAGCUAGCGCAUCUGUAGUAUGUGAUAUGGACGACACCCAAGUGGCGAUCAUCGAAGGCUACUGGCUUGAAGUUCUCUUCGACUAUUACCCAGAGCUGGCUGGUCGGUGGUACCACUAUUUGGCGCACGUCCUAUCUAAACGUAUUAAACAGCGCGAGUCGGUCAUGCACCAACAGUCGUGAGCCCUGUAUAAAUUUUUUUUCUAUGCGCAAUGAC